GUCAGUUACAGGUCAUAGCUCAGUAUAUAAUGUUAUUAUUACCAUAGAUUUAAUAAUAAUGUGUUAUAAAAUGAUAACUGCAGAUAAAUGUUUGAUGUUUAGUGUUCUGUUAAGUCAAGUUACCUCCAUAUUUGGUGCCGUUAAUGUUGCUAAUAAUAAACCAACACGACAGAGUACUAUUAAUCUUGGUGUCAAUACUUCAAGUUGGGCUGGAUUAACAGCGUGGUGGUGUAUAGAUUUAAGACAGGAGUUUCAUAUCAACACCGUUAAAAUAUCAAAACCAAUACACGAUGGUCGAAAUAUUCUGCUAGACGGAUUUGAGAUGGGAAUAAGUUCUAGUGGUCAGUGUGAUAAAGCAGGAUUUACAGCAGCUACGCCAUGUUUUAAAAAUAGAACAUCAACAACAGAUUCUGUAUACACCAUAGAGAGAUGCAAUCAUCCAACAAUGCCAUCAUUAUCCGCUAGAUAUAUUUUUAUAUCUGUUAAACGCACUGAUGCAAGAUUGGACAUCUGUGAGGUUCAAGUAUUUGCAGAUAACUGUCCAGAUGGUUUCUAUGGUAGCAACUGUAACAUACGAUGUCCCACAUCCUGUCUGAACAACACAUGUGAUAAGGUAGGAGGAUCGUGUUCUCACGGUUGUCAUGGUGACCAUUAUGGUAAAAAAUGCCAGUCUACUUGUAGUAGCCAUUGUAAGGAUGGUAAAUGUGAUGAUAGGACGGGGCGAUGUUUUGGAUGUGAAGACGGUUACUACGGUGAUGCGUGUGAAGAAUCCUGCUUUACCUGUAAUGGUACAUGUCGACAAUUAGAUGGCGUCUGUUUGACUGGUUGUAAAGAUGGUUAUUGGGGAUGCAGUGACUUGUGUCUACAGACAUGUUCGUAUUGUAAACCAGGGGGCUGUAGAAUAGAAGAUGGUGUGUGUAACAACGGAUGUAAAGAUGGUCUGAGCAACACUAAAUGUUACCAGAAUGCUGGAUGCGCUGGAUGUGGACCUCUACCCCACAAACUAAAUGCAUUUGUAGAAAACUCGCAAGCAAUGCAUCCUGUUGGUGCUAACCGUAACUACACAUGUAUUAAGGGUGCUUAUGUAAAGGGAUCACCAUUUGCUCAUUGCCUACCAUCUGGUGAAUGGGAUAUUCAAUCAUUUACAUGUAAAAUUGCCAGGACAUGUCACGACGCUCACAAACUGGGAAUACCAGUUUCACCCUCUGUAGUUAUUAGACCCGAUGUGAAACAGUCGCCUUUAACUGUGUCUUGUGAGGUUUCAGACAAUGGUGUUUAUACAGUUAUAGGUCAUGGAGCUAAGAGAACAUAUGUACAUGGUUAUGAAACAAUAAGAAGUUAUAAUGGCAGUAUCAACUACAACAUUGAUCUUCAACAAGUUAUAAACAUAGUUGAUGCAUCGGCUGAAUGUGAACAAUUCAUUAAAUUUGAAUGUUUCCAUGUUGAGACAUUCAGUUCUGUUGGUUUAUCCACACGAACUGGCCAACUAGCUACUUAUUUAAUGGGAGGUGUCAAGGGUCAGAUGGGCUGCGCAUGCCAUAUCAGUAAGACGUGUGUUGAUGGUUUGAAGUGCAACUGUGACAAGAAUGAUGAUAGAUUGCGAGUUGACGAAGGGUAUAUUCGAUAUAAGGAAGAUUUGCCGAUAACCGCCGUUUUAGUUGGCGAUACGGGGAACGAUAAAGAGUACGCAUAUUAUACCGUGGGUAAUCUGAGGUGCAAGGGUUAGGUAAGCAAAGAUGAAGACCCGUGUUUAUUCGUAAGACGUUAAAAUCUGAAGAUUUUCUAAUUAAUUGUAACUCAAUCGAUUAAAUGAAAUGUAUUUAAACUCUAAUUAAUUGUAAUUCACUCGAUUAAAUGAAAUGAACCCUAUAAUCAUACUAUCUGUAAAUGAUGAGCAAAAAUAAAUUUCUGUAUAAUAAAUUAA